UAUAAAACUUAUAAAUUAUUUAGGUAAACGUGUACAUAACGAAAAUUCAAAUGGAGUCGCUAAAAAGAAACGUAUGGAAACGAUUACAUCAUCGACAUUUGUUGAAACAAAGUCAGCGUUUGACGGAUUGUGCAAAGAAUAUUUUAAAAAAAACCCUGAUUGUAUUAAAAAAGUUAGAGAUUUUUUAGACAAUUCAAAGCCAGAGAUAUAUGCUAUACUAAUCAAUUCAAUUAAAAACUCUCCUGUAAAGUAUAAUAUUAAAUUAGAGGCCACAUAUAUUAUACCUAAUACAGAUACGAAAGAAAAUAGAGCAUUUAAAACAAGAUCAAGAUCAUUAUUUCAAUCAGACGAUGUCAACAAUGUUUUAGAAUCAGAUUUUAUUGAGAUCUUACAAGAACAAGAAGAUAUGGAACUUAAGGGCAGUGGCUUUUCAUUAGAGAGUAUAGACGGUAUUAUAUUAAACGUAAAUGUAUAUAAACCAUUAGGAGGUUCGUCUUAUAUACCACUUCCGGCAUUUAUAGAGAGGAAAAAGGCAACAAUUAACGUUUUAAACUUUGACGAAAAAUGCUUUAAAUAUAGCAUUUUAGCCAAACUAGUAAAUCCUGUUCAUGCUGAAAGAAUAGGAUCUAAUUAUGUUGAAGUAGAGAACAGGUAUAAUUUUAAAAAUGUAAAUUUCCCGGCUUCAUUAAACGAUGUUGUAAAAUUUGAAAAAACAAAUAAAGUUUCUGUUAAUAUAUAUAGUUUAAAAAACGGAGAGCUCAAAUAUAAAAAUAACGUAAAAAAAAAAAAAAUCAAAAAGAAUAAAUUAUACCACAACAAAACCUGA